CACAGCUGCCAUGCAGAAGGGGCGUGUUACGAGAUAUAAGGAGUGGCACUGGAAGAUUUUCGGAAAUCAAUCCUGCCUGCUGCCCUCUUGGCAAAUUGCUGACGAGUUUGGCAGCUUCGAAAUUAAGUGAGGCCACAGUACUCAAUAAGACCUCACCAGCGGUGGUUCGAACACGUCCGAAACCUUGCGCAUCUUUGCCAAAUUCGCUGGCGAAGACACGAGCAAUGACUUCCAGAUCAACAUCGCCCACUGCAGCAGCAGCACAUGAGUCGAUUUUGACACCCGUUUUGACCUUGGAGGGUCACAAAAAUAUGUAGGAUUCCAUCCAUUUCAUUCUUUCCGGAUGGCAGGCGAAUGAUCAGCAGAUCAUGGGAUCAAACCACUCGUCGCUGGGACCUAGAGGCAGGGAAUGAGAUCGAAGAUGCGCCGGAUAUUUGUGAGCACCAAGUAUUUGUGGUGACGGUAUCUAGAGAUGGUCGAUGGGUUGUCACUGCUAGUGGAGAUGUGGUCACCGGGGAGCUUCUCAAAGCCCGAGAUGUUGAGACGGGGAUCGUGAAAUUUUUUGAAGGCCACUCAAGGCGGAUCACCUACAUCGAUAUCUCCGCGGAUAGCAUGCUGCUGGCGAGCGGGGCAGAAGAAUUCACCGCACGGAUAUGGAGCCUUGCCAUUGGCAAACUCGUGGCUGCUCUAUUCAAGAGUGCUUAUAUGGUGGGCGCAGUUCGAUUCUCGCAAAACUCGAAGAAAUUCGCAGUGCUCUCAAUUGUAGGAAAGCAUCUUGAGGUGUGGGAUGUCGAGACACAGACCUUGGAUAUCAGUAGGGAAACGCAUUGGCGGAGAAGUAACAAGUAUGAAACUUCCAAUUCAGAGUGCGACCCCAUGACAAUCUACGAGUUCGAUGGGUCGACGCUGGAGACUGUCGGAUCUCCUUUCAAAGGGCACACUGGUCUUAUUCGCCAUCUGACACUUUCAUUCGAUUGUGCUCUCCUCGCUAGCGCUUCGGACGACAAUACCAUCAAGCUCUGGGCUUUCGAGUCCCGUCAGCUCCCCGGCUCGUUCAGCGUUCAGAAACCCUUCUACAUUAUCUUCCCACCUGGCAACUCACGCAAAAUGGCUUACACCACCCAGAGUGACAAAAAGAUUCAUAUAUGCAACACUCCACCCAACAUUCUUACUCUACUCGAUAUACACAUCCCAUCUUUUUACUAGUCUACACCACUCCACUGAUGCCAUCGUCUCAGGAGUCCGACACAACAUGUUUUUCCAUGCACCAUAACCCAGCGACAACACCUCAUGUCUGCCGCCCUCUGCCUACAGUGUGUUAACAGCAACCCACUUUCCUUGCUACCUCCACAAACUCCAUCUUUUUUCCCGUACGAACGUUACUAAGUCUUCCCAUUCACAACGAUGAGCCUCGUGAUCUCCUAUAUGCGGUUACGUAACUCGUCAUGUUUCCUUGUAGUUCCGAUCGCCCCCACCUCCCAUUGCUCUCCCUCGGCGUAGGCCCGCGUUCACAGAUGGAUCCACGAGAGAACUUGAGUGCCUA